CACUGAUGACUGUUUUUCAGGAGGGCUCCACAGACAGCAUCUAUGAACCAGCCUACAGCCAAACACUGAAGGAAGUCCUCCCAAGGUACCAGUGCAGCCCUGCUCUACUGAGCCGUAAACCUGAAUGGAGCGGUUCAGAUCUGUCCAUCAAUUCUGCCCGGACUCAGUGUUCAAUUUCAUCAAAAAGAAAUAACAGAAGGUCCUGUGUGCCAACAUCCCCUUUGAACAAUGAAACAUCAGAAAAGUGUAAAGCUCCCUCUCAGAGUAGCACGUUGACGAGAAACGGCAGCUUGAAGGAGCAGAGAUGUGACAGGAUGCAGACACAUCAACCAGCUCAGGUUGGUGAAAAAGCAGCUGACAUGGCAGAGUCACUGCACACCACAGGAAGAAUCAAGAAGUUACAGAGCCUGGUCCAAACAAAGAAAGGACAGCAGUGCACAGCCAGGAGAGGAAAGAGUGCGUCUGACAACCCUGAUCAUUCGACAGAUGUAUUCAGCAACAACAAUCCUGUCCUGACCUGUAUCGGCCUGGGGAGGAGAACAGAGAAUACGUUAUCUAAAACUGAUUCAUCACUGCAGCUUCAGCAACACAAAGUCAGAAAUAUCCAUGAAGAUUCAAAAGAUGAAGGCGUUUGGUGGAGCCCCUUUGAGUGUCCGCAGCCCUGGUCUCCCUUCUACCACACCUGUCAACAACCUCAGCAUGAACCGAGGGUCUGCGGCGGCGGCACCUUGUCUCUUCCCUGGGCGACAGAGUGGGAUCGUUUUGAGAGUUUGAUACAGGAGCUGGACAGAAAGCAGCCGGACCUGUCACCUCCACAGAUGAUCCCCUCCAUCGCAGAUUUGCAGUUCUCACAAAACACAUUGACCAGAUUUGAUGCCUUGGGACAGCCCCCACCUUCAUCUAAGCCUCAGGAUAAUGGAAGCCCCUCGCAGGAGAAUGACGAGACAAAGAACGUCUGGGUGGAGAGGAGGGAGUCAGAUAAGAACCCGAAGGCCUCACCAGAGGAAACACAGACAGCCGUCGAUGAUGGAAUCACACAGAGAGAUGAAGCAGAAAAGCAAAGAGUCGGUGGGGGGUCGCUUAAGAAAGCACACAGGCGCUCUGGUGACUCUCUGGAAAGCCUCUACAGCCUUAACAGUGGACAAAGCUCCUCGAGUGGAGUCGCCAGUGGGUCAGGCUGGUCCAGUAACAGAGACAGUCUGAGACUGGAUGAUGACCUGUUGUCCACAAAGCAAUUCUAUGGCAGAGCAAGAGUCCAUACUGACUUUGUUCCAAGUCCAUAUGACACUGAAUCCCUCAGACUCAAGGUGGGAGAUGUGAUUCACAUCCAUGCCAAGCCUCCCAUGGGAAUUUGGACGGGAAUGCUAAACGGAAAAAUGGGCAAUUUCAAGUUCAUAUAUGUGGACGUGCUGAGAGAGGAGAGUCCUGAUUCAUGUGAGGAGACACAAACUAAAAGUAUAACACAGAAAUCAACCAUCCAGGAAGUGUUAAGACGCCUCAGCUUAGAGGAGUACACCUCCUCCCUGGAGCUACACGGCUACCAAACAGUGGACGACUUGAUGAGGCUGAGGGAACAUCACCUGACAGAGCUGAAUGUGACUGAUCCAGAGCACCGGCAUCGUCUGCUCACCGCUCUCAACUCCCUGCAGCAAGUGCACUCUGACUGGCAGCCGGAGAACGAGGCCAAUCAGGAGGUCGAGACCCCCGGCGAGAACACAAAGGCAGAAGUGAGUAACUGUCCCAGAGACUCUGGCUGCCACAUGGUAUCUGACAGCCCCGACACCAGCACAGAGGACGCAGACCUUCACUUUUAUCUUCAGUCCCCGACACCACCUGAAAUGGAAGCUUCUUGAGCAUUAACCAUCUUGUUCAGCGACUCUUUUACUCUAUGUCCCUGCUGAGGUGACUUUUCAAACAAGAGCAGUCUAUUUUAGUAAUUUCAGGAGUGUCAUAUCUAAUCAUGUACAAAAAACAAACCUAUACUGGGAGGCUUUACCACUCUUAAUCCUCAACUGUAACACUGGACAUAUGAUGGAUUUUAA